AUGAGGAGCGUAGGCUACUUCGACUUCGCAAGCAUCAUGACCUACGACUUCGUGCAGGGAGCCCGACGUCCUGGAAAAUUCGUUCUUUCGAAGAGACAUGCUGCCAACUACCAAGAGGUUCUUCGUUGGCGACGAAAUGACGGAGUGGAAUUCUGGCUCGACGACGCUUUUUAUGCGGGUGGCAUGCAACUCCCACAUAAGAAGAGCAUAUCUAGCAUAGAUGUGAUCCGAAUCGCGCAGCUAUACCCAGGUACACUAGAGCAGCAACAGGCUUUGGGCGCUCAUAAGCCUGGGGACAUGUGGAAACCCAUACACACGAGCGAGAUGAUCGACAGCCGGGGAGGCCAGGCUGGCCCGAUCUCGCACCGUACCGUCAAAAAGCCACGAAAAUUCCGGGAAGAGGGAAAGGCGAGGUUCUUCGACUAUCCGCCGAUCCCAGAGACCAGAGAGGACAAGCGGCGUGGAGCAGACUACUGA